UCUAUAUAAUUGUAUAGCAAAAUUAAAGCUUGAAAAAUUACGUUAAUUUGAAAUUUUUGAUCAGGAUACACGGCGUACUUCGUUGAUGGCGAUAAUCCGACGCGAAUUUUAAACGAAUUAGAUUUGUCGCACAUGCGCGAGCAAUUCAGUCCUCGGUCUUUCUCACAACGUUAUCUGCGUUAUCGAGGGGAACUUGUUCGAAGGAUCAACUCUCUCCGUUAUACAUAACCAAUAACUUUUAUUAUUAGUGCUUUGCUCUCUUUGACUGUCACGAAUUGCGAAGUGAUUUCCUCUUCUGCUUUAAUUUAUUUCGUUCUUCAUCCAUUCUCGACGAAAUCAAGCAUUGAUAGGUCGUGUCGCGUUCAACAAAGGCAACUUGUAUUCCGUAGUGACGACCGUGAUACAACAUGAUGAUACGACACAAUCGGAAAUAAUAUUGUACUAUCAACAAGGGCGAAUUGUGUAACAUGCCUUGGCUGAGGACACGUUGAAAUUUGAGAAAAGUUUGACGAACAAGCACGAUGACGCGGACGAAUAGGAAGAGACGCCACAAUGUGGAGGAAGAAUCCAGCGAAUUCAUGCCACUGAGCAAGCGAAUCAACAAUCUUCACAUCAACGGCUUAUCUGGCCUGCGUGAGAGCGCGAUGGAGAGCAUGGAGACUGAUUGGGACAGUGGGAACUUCAUGUCGUCGCCCAGUUGUUCGGAGGUGUCGUCACAAAAUUCAUCGCCGAUAGACAACUCCAGCCAGAGUAGCUUUAUCACUGAUUACAGGCCAGAUUUAGACGCGGCGGAAAAUCCGUUUUACUACGAAAGCAAUAAAUUGCUCUUCUCCCUGUACAUGGAGCGCAUGCAGAGGAGAUCUAUGUUGGAUCUAUGAUGAUGAAUGUACGCAAUUGCUUUCUACGAGGCACUUGAUAGCCAAGUUAAUUCUCUGCGCAACAUACGUUGAUGAUUUUUAACUUAUCCCGUUAGAUUUGACUUGUCUUACAGAUAAUAGUGUAAAUCGUAUAAUUGUACAUUAAUGAGGAAGUCGUCGCGAUAGAUAAAAUUUUUGCAAUUACAGUUUUGACAUUAAUGAAUAUCGAAUUAUUGUAAACUCGAAUGCAUUAGAGCUUUCCAUAUUCACAAGGACAUUCCACGAUGUAAUAAUAAUCUCGCAGCUUGCUCUUUGGAAGUGUACAGUUUUUCGAACGAUACAAUUCAUUACGGAAAAUGAUAAACGAAAAGAUACGCGGCUUUAAUGUUCCAGAAAGAAUUUCGUCUUGUGAAUGCACGGUGCUAAUUAUGCGAUUGUACAAUUAGAAUGUAAGACUCUUAUUAGUGUGCGAAAUUUCUGCGUAACUGCGAUUAUGUGUGUGUGUGUGUGUGUGUGUGUGAUUUAUAUGAGUGUAAAAAAAUGAACUGUAAUUGUGUGUGUUCUUCGUUAAAUUAUAUUUUUAUCAUCAUCGUGUUGCAAUGGCGCGCACCUGUUAAGAAUAAUGCGAGAUGCGACAUACUAAAUGCCAGAAAUUUUACAUAUAUAUUACACUUAUGAUAUAUGCAAGAUUAGGGUAAAUAAAAAUCAUGAAAUUUGUUUUGUC